UAAAGAAAGAAAAAGCAAAAGCCCUCGACUUCUCCACCAGCUUCUCCCCCAGUGCCUCAGUUCCUUGUUACCUUCCUUCUUCGGACAGAAAUGAAGGCUUCUUUGAAAGGAAGAUAUGCAAAUGAGAAGAACACUACCGCCGCUACUUUUUCCGUCAACGCUGGCGAUAUCAAGCUACAAGCCUCCAUUACUGACGCCACCGUCGUAGACGGUUCCAGCUUGAACGGCUUAACUUUAGCCGUUGAAAAGCCCGGAUCUUUUAUCAUCGACUAUGACGUCCCCAAAAAGGAUUUUCGAUUUCAGUUUAUGAACACUGUCAGGGUUGCAGAGUUGCCCUUGAAGCUUACUUACAUUCACAGCAGAGGGGAUAACCGGACGGUUUUCGAUGGGGCGCUUAUAUUCGACUCUGCUAACAAGGUGUCUGGUAAUUACACGCUUGGCACGGGGAACUGUAACCUCAAGUACAGUUACGUGCACGAUGAAGUUACCACUUUCGAGCAGUGUUAUGAUUGGGGGAAGAACGCCUGGGAUUUUGAGGUUUCGAGGAGAGUAGCCGACGACGUUUUCAAGGCAACGUAUCAGACAUGGAACAGCGAUUUGGCUUUGGAGUGGUCGAGAAAUUCCAAGUUUAAUGGGACUUUUAAGAUUUCAGCACACAUGAAUCUGGCCGAAGAAUCUAAGAUUCCCAGAAUUAUUGCCGAGAGUAGUUGGGAUUUGGAAAUUUGAAAUGUUGUUUCAAUUCUAUACAUUUGGAUAAACAAGUAUUGUAGGCUUUGUUGUUGGUCGUACCAUACCUGCACUGCUGUUUUCUGAAAUUAUGAAAUAUCACAUCUCCUUUCUUGCA